AUGGCCUCCGGGAGCCUGGCUUACAGGCAUCAUGCAGAUUUGGAGACAGAUCUCACGAAGUUUGGUUUCUUAGUCUACGGAGGAACAGUCCGAGACUUUCACGAGUGGGAGUUCCGAGCAAUGACUCGGUGGACCCAGACCAAGGACGACGAGAAGAAGGAUCUCGCGUCCAAGUUCCUCGACUCCUUAAGGGGCGAGGCAUACAUUGCCGCGGAAGACUUGGGUGCAGAAGUCCUUGGCUCCAAGGACAAUAUACCCAAAGUCAUAGAGAAGGUGAGGACCAACCUGUUCCCCUUGCAGGAGCAAGAGAGCAAGGAGCUUUACAGGCUAGGUACUCAAAUAGGAGGCAUGCUGAGCCGGCAAGCCGGUGAGCCAAUGACCUCGUACCUGUCGAGAAGGAGCCGCUGGUGGAGGAAGAUGAAGCAAUUGGACAAGACAGUGUCCAUCAGCGAAAGCAUCCUGACUGAUCUACUGCUGGACAAUGCAGGGAUCAAUCGGCAGGAGAGAAUAAUGGUGAUCACCGCAAUGGCGGGAUCAGUGAAGACCGAGGACUGUGAGAAGGCUUUGAUAAAGAUGCAUUCGCGCAUCCACCUGCUAGAGAAGAAGAACCCCUCGCCUUUUGGGAAAGGCAAGGGGAAGCCUUACUCAGGGAAAGGCAAGAAAGGGAAAGCGCACAAGGGUGCGCAGUACUCCUACCUCAGUGCGGUAGAGGAGUUGUUCGACGCCACAGAGGACGACGGCGAAGACUACGCUUACACAGCAGACGCGUAUGCCGCCGACGCCGAUCAAGAGAAUGACUGGGUUUACCCAGGUGGCGACGACAGCUACGCCGACUGGGGCGAGGAGACAGCGUUGGUAGCGCAGACGGCCGACGCAUCCCUAAGGGACGUCGAGCUGGAUGUGCUCACGGCCUUCCUGGGAACCGAAGGGUUCAACUCGGAAGACCGAGAGUCGAUCGCACUCCUGACGGAGGCGGCUCAAGCCGAGACCAUGGCUUUUAUGGCCAGGUCAAAGGCGAAAGGAAAAGGGAAGCCGACGUCAAAAUCGGCUCACUCCUACCGUCCACGCCCGAGCAACCUCAGCGUGGAGGACCGGCGCAAGAAGUUACAAGAAAUAAAGAGCAAAAGCACAUGCAAAGUGUGCGGGCGCCGGGGGCAUUGGGCCGGAGACAAGGAGUGUCCCGGAAAGCAAGCGACUUCGUCAGGAGGCGCAUCGGCAGCGUUCGUCGCGCAGGUCGUGCGCACCGAGGAGAAAGGUACCCAGACGGACACCUGGGGCCGAAAAGCCUCGGACACCAGCGACGACUCCGACGAACGGUUCGGCUACCUCAGCGUCGCGAACGACAUGGGCCGCGUGGCCUACAUGGGGUUCUUCGACGACGGCGACUUUGAGGAGUCGGACGAGGAGCUAGAGGCAGAUAGUGCCCUAAGCUCUGCAUGGAGCUAUGUCGACUACCCAGAGGGGGGCGACAUCAAGUUCAACUUCGGCAUGCACAAAGGGCAGACCUAUAUGGACUGUCUUCGAGAACACCCAGACUACUACCACUGGGGCUUGUCAGAGAAGAACCCAAGCCCACAGCUUGAAGCUUACCUGAGGUGGGUGUUUAAGAACUUCGACGUGCCACCUGCUGGUGCGGGCAGACCCGUUCAGAGGGACCGCCCGGUUGCCGAUAGGGAUUGCGACCUUGAUGUGGCACGGUCGCUUAUCCUUUCAGGAAGGAAGGCCAAGUCGAAGCUUAGCAUGAUGAAGCAGGCAGACGAACCUUGCAGAGGCGGCUGCCCUGAGCGUGCUAUCUCCAGAGCGGGAAGCAACGCGCACGUGAUGAAAACCACGUGCAUGAUCUGUGGACACAAGACAAGUGUGCCACGACCAAAGGUGACGCCGACGAAAGCGACGCAUGAGUGCGCGCAUGAACGCGUGGACUUUAGAUACAGCACAAGAAGCGUUCAUAAGGUUUACUGCCUUGACUGUGACACGAUCGUGGAGGAGACUCCACAGAGAGUGCACAAGAUGGGCAAGGAGCUAGCGUCACAAGUCAAGUCAUCGUCCUUGAAGCAGCAGGACUUGACUAGGAGACAACUAGAUGAGGUAGAGCUCACUAGGAUGGAGGCCGGAGAUGUCAUCAAGAAGUUCGUCAAGUACUGGGACAAGCGACGCGCGAGCACCGACGCUGCUGGCUCAAGCGCGGCCCCGCCUAGGACGCCACUGAGGGCGGCCAUGGGCGCUGCGUCUCCGGCGGCAGCUGCGCCGAGAAGGACGCCGCAGAGACGUGGCUACGCAGCAGUGAGUGACGACCCCUCAGUGGGCGUUCACACGGAGUGUAAUGAUCCCUCAGGGGACAUACACAUGGCACUGAGUGACCAUGCCGAAGAGCAGGUCAGCGAGCCUACGCUCCCUCUGGUGGAUCCCUUAGAGGACCACGACAACAUCUGGGUGAUGUUGGACGAGGGGUGCAACACCACUUGCCACGGACGCAAGUGGAGGCAGAACGCGGAGGCCACCCUCGCCAAACACGGCUUGAAGCUCCUGAAGGUGAGCAGCGAGGGAGGAGCCUUCCGUGGGAUAGGCUCUAGCCGGUGCAGCGGAAAGUACAAGCUUCCGUUUGCGCUGGGACUGAGGCCAGAAGGCACCCUGAACCGUGACCUGGAGUCCAGCGAGCUGGAGAACGACGAGGUUCUCUGCCUCCUUAGCUUGCAGGACCAGACGCAGCUCGGGCUGGUCAAGGACCUCAGAGCGGGCCGAGUGACGCUCAAGGACUACCCCGACGUCUGGUUGCCUGUGGCGAGGCACGUGAGGGGCGGGCAAGAGGAGUCGACCCAUCAAGUGGGCGACCAGAGUGCCUACAUGACUGGAGGCACGACGGAGGCAAGCAGCUGCAAGUGCAGGAAGGUGCACUUCUACACCUUCGGUCUGGAGAAGCUGGAGUUUUCGAAGAAGAGCUACAAGAGGAGCAAGGCGCUGACCGACCUCUUCCAGACCUUCAGCCAGCGGGGUAAGAGCUACGACUUUACCCUGGACUCGGAGGAGCACGAGCAAAAGCUACUGACCUCCCUCCGCGAGAACUUCCCCUUCGUCAAGGAGCUGGACACGAAGCAGAUCCUGUUUGUGGACUGCCGGGCGACCGGAGAUCCGGAAGUGGUUCCCUCAGCGCACAGGCUCUUGACCGAGGUGGAAGAGGCCUACGUUUUUGUCUUCUGCAAGAGCGGAAGGCAUCGCAGCGUGGCCAACGGCGACAUGUUGUACAGGGCGAUUUUCGACCUGUAUGACGUCGAGGCCGUAGAGAUCGAUCACUUCUGUGACGGUCCAAACUGGCGUCACACUUGCGGUGGCCUGUGCCAGGACUGCAAGUGGGACAACCCAGAGACCAGUCCUCUGGCCGAAGAGGCUGUGAGGGUUUCCCAGCAGAUCUGGAAGGAUGUGAUGCUGGAGAACGGUGUCACACUGCCAGGCGGCAACAGUGUGACCGUGAAGCCUGGUGGCAUCACCGUGGACGAGGUGAAGCUGGAGCCCUCUAGUGGUUCCAGAGACAAGCCAGGUGACUCCUCAGGGAGCACAGACAGGCCAAAGGGUGACCCUUCUGAGGGCACCGACCAGAGCGUGGACGUCGACAAGAAGAAGGCCCAGGACUUCAAGUGCUGGGACCUCCGCAGCAGCAUGGUGGACAUGUCCGACGACCAGCUCAAAAAGACAGCCUUCCUGUUUCUCAGCAGGAUUUACUCCGUGUUUGACCCUCCUAAGCAGGAGAAGGUCACGGAGCUCAUCGCGAAGUAUGAGCUCGACCUGCGGACACUGGUGGGAGCGGUGUCAGCCAAGUACUUGGACUUGGCGCAGGCCCAAUCGCUGUUUGAGUCCCUGCGAGACAGCGUGCUGGGAGGAAAGCGCACGGAGCUCGGCUGGAAGGCCAACCGGUCCUUGGACCAGGCUCUGGCCUACAUGGAGGCCGACGACAAGGACGACAAGGCCGAGAAGGAGAGGCUGAAGGAGGACCACCCCGAGGCCAGGCAGGACCUCCUGGACCUGAACGAGGACGUCUCGAAGCCGCAGCACCUGACGGACCGCUUCUUGCACUUGGUGGUGGACGGCCACAAGAGCUUCCAGGGUGGAGGCAAGGGGUACCCAAGGAACAGCUGGGACAAGCGCCCGGCCGGCCUCCCGGACCUGUCGGGUUCCAAGCUGAAGGUCAUGCCGACCAGCUUGGCGAAGUCCUUCGAGGAUUCCUCAAAGAAUCUCGGGACUCACGACGAGAUGCUGUUCAGAGCACUCGGUCUGCAGAGCACAGGUGACCACAGCGACCUGAAGAUCUACGUGCUCGCGAACAGCAGCUUUCAGCCCGGAUCCCUUGAGAGGACCGGAGCCACAGUGAUGGUACGCCAUCCUGGGCACAAGAUGAUCCUUUUAGAGGACAUCGGAUGGACAAAGCAAAUCUCUAAGGAGAUUGCUAAGGUACAGCCGGACCUCCUCCUUCUGGUGUACGAAGGGCUGGAGGACUGUACAGAGCUCUCACCCGCAGCCCAGAGCUUCUUGGACGGCUUCGCCGCCUGCGCUGCAAAAGAAGUGCUUGUGCUUGACAGCGUGAGCAGUGUGAGGUGGAAGUACUUAGAGGCGAGUAGCUGCUUAGAAGAAGGUGAGAGAGAGGUUCAGGUCUACUUUGGUAGAGGUGACCUAGGUAUAGGCACUACCUCGCAGGCGCUAGGAGAAGUUUUAGUAGACUGGGCCGACAACGACCACAGUGUCUACUACUCACCAGUUAGCGUGGACACGGUAGGUGACCACGAGGGUUUCGCUGAGUGUGUGGUAGCAGCCUUGCUUGAAGUUUGUGUUGAAGAAAACGUAGCAAGUGCUUUUCCUGUGGAAGCUAGGCAGGAGGAAGUCGAAGAAGCAGGUACUAUGGACGCGGUCGUAGAUCAGCGUGACAAUAGGACCAGCUUCAUGGACGAAGAAGAGGCCGCAGCAGAGGCCGACUUCCUUGACACACUCCCACUUGCGGGUUUUCCUAAAGAGGAAAGCGAGAGGCGCAGGGAGUGGGCAAAGGUACCACGGCGAGUAAGGCUGGGUAUCAGAAGGCUUCACAACAUGAUGAGUCAUAAGCCUAAAGAGGUUAUGAUUCAGGUGUUGAGGGGAGCCGGAGCUUCAGAGGAGCUCAUAAACGCAGCGAAGGUAUUCAGAUGUGAAACCUGCCGCGUGAGUGACGAAUCAGUUCGCACUCAUCCCGUCAACGCACCACCGCCCUACGAGUUCAACCACACGGUUUCCGUGGACGUCUUUGAGACGUCAGACAGCGUUGGUGAGAAGUACAGCUGGCUCAACAUCGUGGACAAUGGAACUUGUUACCAAGUGGUAGCACUUGUCCGUGUUGGGGGAGGACAACCCAGUUUCGCUAAGUGCCUUCAGAAGUUCAUGAAGUACUGGGCUUCCCCGUUCGGCUGGCCAAAAGUAAUCACCCAUGAUAGGGGAUUACACAACCGAGGGGCAUUCGCCUAUGGACUUGCUGCCCAUGGCGUAUUGAUACGUCAGGCCGGGCUAGAAAGUCCAGAACACAUCGGAAGAUGUGAAAGGCACGGGGGGAUCCUUAAGAGGGCCUUCCGCAGGAUUGUCCGACAGCACAACCUGGCGGGAAAGACGGAAGUGAAAGAGGCUAUGCUUGAAGGGCAAGUCUCUAAGAACGAGUUCCUAAGGGUAGGCGGCUUUGCGCUUGUCCAGUGGGUCCUAGGCAGACUGCCUAGGGGAGUUGGCCACGUUUUGGACGAAGACGAGUUAGGCCAACUCGGCGUACUCUCAGCUCGGAUGGAUCCGACGACAGCUUUCGGUAGAAGGGCGGAGUUCCGCCAUACCGCCCGGAAAGCAUUCGUCAAGCAGGAUUGUUCGAGGAGGGUGCGGUCCGCCAUUCUUCGGAAGGCGGCACCACUCCCGGGCAGAUAUCAAGCUGGGGAUUUGGUAUGCUACCGAAUCUCCCGGGAGGAGCACCAUGGCGUUCCCUCCUGGUCUACGGUCGCGAAAGUUAUAGACUUCGACGGCAAAACGGUGUGGGUGGUACACCAGGGCGUGCCUGUAGCGACCAGCCUUGGGAGGCUCAGACCGUGUACGGCGGCUGAGGUUUUAGCGUACCAGGUUUUAAACCGUGGUAACAUACGCUUCGAGCAUGCAGAUGCCGAGCGUGAGCAGAGAAGGUACGUUGAUGCCACAGAAGACAUCCCGACGGGUGAUCUUGAGGCAGGCGAUACCGCAGGAGAGCCGAGUAUAACGAUACCGGCGGCGACUCUACCUGCGACAGAGCGUGCAGUCAGGAGAAGGGUAGGCCCACGUGAAGAGUCACGGGCCGUGACCCUAGAGACUGUUGAGGAGCCUGAGGUCGAGGAGACCGAAGCUCCCGACGCAGAGCUGGUCCCUGCAGUGGACCAGGAAGCGCAGGAAUCGAUAGCUGAGGCUACGAUGGAGUCAAGCAUAGACACGGGAGGCUCUGACACUUCUCUUCACGCGAGCAUACGUGCUUACGCGAGCCACUUUUGGAGUUACAAGGAAGCAGCUAUUUGGGAUAGCCUGCCAGGAGAGAAGGAGUAUGAGGAGCUACGUGUUUUCCUUGCAGAUAGAUGGGACCAGCCCACUAUCAACACGUGGAAGAAAAGGCGCAAGAACUACACUGGCAAGAAGCAGAAAGAGAAGAACGGAAAGCUUCUGGUUUACGCCAAGUGUUCUCCUGAGGUUCAAGCAGAGCUUGACAAGACAAGGGAGAAAGAGUGGAACAAGUGGAAGGAGUUUAGCGCCGCAGUCGUAAUCGACAAGAACCAGUUGGAAGAGCUUAUACGUGAAGGACAUCAGAUUAUUCCAACGCAAUGGGUCGAGGUCGACAAGCACCACGCGCAGCGUUUGGCGGAGAUCAUCGACGAGUUCAAAUGCGGAACCGUCGAAAGCGACAGCUUUAGGUAUUGUGGUAAAGAGGUGAAGCAAGAUGAAGACUACAACAUCCACAUUACCUGCGGUGACACUACGAGGACGAUCAAGAAGAUUCCGAUAGCACCGCGCCGUCGCCCCGGAGAUCCCUUAACGGACUCCGACAGGACGCAGAUGAAGUCUGUGGCAGGCUCACUUGCUUGGGUGUGCCGACAGUGUCGGCCAGACCUCUCGUAUAGGGUUUCGCGUAUCCAGUCAGCUUCAAACAGUGGAACUGUUGCUGACAUCAAGGAGGCGAACAAGACCGUGGAGUAUGCGGUCAAGACCUAUGAGAGGGGUAUUACUUUCAGAUCUGGGUUACUGGACUGGAGUAAGCCCGGCGGUCUGAUGAGUUUAGUGAUCACAGACGCCUCGCACGCCAACGAGGAGGAAGAGCUCUUGGUGAAUGGCUCAGUGUCUGUGGAGCACCACAGGAGCCAAGGUGCGAGGAUGAUCUUCGUUGCCACACCAUCCCUUUGGGACCAAGACAAGGGAAGCGUGCAUCCAAUAGCUUGGGCUUCGAACAUAGUUCGGAGGGUGUGCAGAAGCACCAUCCAGGCGGAGGCCUACACCUUACAGGCAGGUGUGGAAGACGGAGACGUGAUUCGCGCAGCAGUGGCUGACCUGUUUGGGGUACUGGACCUCAAGAGAUGGGAAGCUUCAGCCGCGAAGUUCAUGAAGCAGAUCUGGUUAACAGACUGCAAAUCUCUGGAGGAGACACUGAUGAAUCCGAAGUGUUCCAAACACUCGGACAAACGUCUCUCUAUAGAGAUAGCGUCCUUGAGACAGGACCUCUGGAGGAAGAAAGGUGAAAAGGCUGGCGAUCCGUACGAAGAAGACUACCGUCCGAGCGACGAGUCCCUCACAGACACGGUACGUUGGAUAGAUACGGACGUAAUGGUGGCCGAUCCACUCACUAAGGUGAUGGAGCCAACCAAACUGGUUCACGUCAUGGAGACGAAUGAGCUGGACGUUAAGCAGCCAAUAGAUAGCAUCGUGAAGAAACGAGCUAAGCAACUCCAGAGAAGGAAAGGGAAUCCAGCUGAAGCGGAUCCUAAAGAGGACGGCUGA